GCUGUGCGGGCUCUGAGCGCGCCGCGCUGCUUCCCUGCGGGUGGGGCCGCUGCGCUUGGUUCGAUGUGCGGGGGGGACCUUAGUGCCGCAGGACGCGGCUUAAGUGGGGGAGCCCGUGGCUUUGGAAUCAGCGUGGUGUUAGAAGAGAUAAAAGGAUCCGGUGGGAAGGGGGAGUGGAGCAUCGUCGUGCUGCGCUGUGAAGGCUGUGUUCACCUGGUGGAUCUUCUGGGCUUUGUGAUUUUGGAUGGGUUUUUCAUGUAACAGUAUUUCCUGCCUGAAAGUAACUGUGAAUAACUAUGCCUCUCCGUGGCAGUUGGUUGUGCCACGAGAUGACCCGGUCCGGGAGAGCACAGGGAACGCUUCCUCGAGGGGAGGCCGCAAGCUUUGAGGUGUUGGGCUGCUUCUGCCCGUAGCCCUUCUUCCAGAGGCACUGCAGACCUGCUCCUGGGCAGGACCAUGUAUUCUCACGUGACAGCGGUCAGCUGCAUGUGUGCUCGUGUGAGGGACAUAAUGCAGCACCUGAUGGGUACACAGCCCUCAGCUGCUGCGGUUCCAGCAGAGCGCUGUGUCUGUGUGCUGCUUGCUGAGGAUGGCACAUGCUGCAGCAACAGAUCAAGAAGCUUUUCACAAGAGGCCAGUAGAUGAAUUAUGUAGCUUUAACUUAUGCCCCGAGAAUUCAGGGAAAAGGUAGCUAAAUAUAUGUUGGUAUUUUCUUGUGAUGGAGUUGUCUUUUAGGGGAAGAAGUGCUAUUAGUUUUCUCAUUAAGAGGAGCUGUAACACAGACUGGAUUUGGGCAGGGUUUAUUUUUGAAAAGCCCACCUUGAUUUUCUAGUCAAGCUGACAGCAUCUGAAAGCGAAGCCCAAAGGCUGUGUGUGUGUCUGUGAAGCGUGACUCAAUUUUAGCAGGAAAGGGCUUGGGUUGGAUGGCCUCUAGAGUUAUUUUUGAAUGGGAAUUAUUUCACAAUAGUAUUCUGUGAUUAAAGAUAUAUUGGGGAUGGAUGGGGGACUGAUACUGCAGCAUGCUGUGGAAUGGCUCCUGUGCAAAACAUACUUUAAACAUACUUAAAGCUGUCAUGCCAAUCAGUUAUCACUAGACUUUUUCCCCUAAUGAGAAGUCUAAAUAUUUACGCCAGUAAGAUUAGUUUGCUUGUUCUCUAUGCUGAUAUUCAGUUUUCAUUUUACUUUAUUACAUGUUCAUUGUGUUAAGCAAUUAAAACUUAGGCAGCCAGGGAGGUUGCUGUAGUUCCCUUACUGCUUGUGAAGGAAAGCAGCUGCCCUAAGGUGGGUAAUCUACAUCUGAUGUCUAAGUGAACGUCUCUGGGGGAAAGAAACCAAAACUAAAAAAACAGCAUCUCUCCCUUAAAAUAGGGAGUUCAGCUCCCUAUUUUAGAAUAAGGAAUAGGGCAAUGUGAAGUUGUUAAAAUAGCACAUUUGCUUUAUGGGCAGGAGAAGUAAUGGAUUUCAGCUGUCAGCACUACAGCUGGUGGAGGCUGCGUCCCUUUCCCUCCUGCAGCAGCUAUCCUGGCUUUUGGGGUUCUUACUGUGAGGCCUGCUAACCUGUGAUCUCUUGGUUGAAACGGGUCAGGGAGCUCUCAUGCAAGUGCCUGCUUCCCUACAGCAGGGGGAUGGGAGCAUGGCCAGGGAGGUGGAGCAGCAGGGCAUGGCUGUGGGACAGCAGUCGCGCUGGCACAGCUGCCUGCGUGUGCUCUUUUGUCACACACAGCUGUGGCAUGCAGUGUGGCAGAGACUGUCAGGGGAAGUGAAACAGUUCCCAUGUCCAAAUGAACCCUUAGGUAAAUGAGUGAGAUUUUUUUUUUCCUUCAGCGCUGCUUCAAGCUGCUGUCAGCAGUUUGAACUUGUGCCUGCUUAUUAUUGGUGUAAAGUAUGAUGCCACAAAAUAGAAUUCUAUCAGUUUAACAAAUGAUGGGUAAAAAUGCAGUGGUGCAGUUAAUCAAAUCCUUAUUCUGUUCAUAGUCUUACCCUACAGUCAUCAGCCUUUGGUUCCUGAGUGUGCAUUAAGUGGUAGCAGCCACAUUCUCAGAGCAACAAAGGAUUUCUCUUUGAAGAAUUACUCUUCACUUCCAGAUCUUGGAGAUUGUGAGGAUGGAGCGAGUCCAGUGUAUCUUAUGAUGCGGUAUUACAGACUUUGUGAGGAAGCCUGUUCCUAUCUGAAAAUCACGGUCUAAGAACUUCCUUUCUGUAUCAAUGCAGAGUACUUUAAAUUAAUUGUAUUGGUUUGGUCAGGCCUUCCCUGGAAGCCUGCAAAAAUUUAACCUGAAUUAAUUUUGUUCAGCUUGAUAGCAAGACAAAUUGGGAUAUGUCAAAUAUUUCAUUGCCUUUGUAGGAGGCUGAACCAGUAACUUGAAGAAUUUUGCAGAAUGCAAAAAAAACCUAAAGCCAAACCCUCUUGUAUUGUCAUAUUAGCUAUAAUUAGUGGUUAUUUAGUUCCAGACAAGUUGAGGAUACUGCUCAUAGCAUGGGAGUAAAUCUGUGGUGUGAAAACUGCCCCCAUUUAUUUUGAUAAUUUGUUUGUUCCAAAGCAUCAGUAGGACAAUGCAAGUGUCAAUGUGACUAAAGCUUUCAGUCCUGAUAACUUAAUCUGAAUGUCUUUUCCAGAGUGCCUUACGUACACAUUUACAGGAACCUAAAGGCCUGCUAACAGAACCAGAUCCUGCAAUACUGCAAAGCUGAUAAAGCAAAAGAAAACCCAACCGGAACUAAACAUACACACAAAUAUCCUUUGAAAGAAGAGGAUUGAUAUUUAUAGAGGGUUUUUUUCUGAAGCUGUCAACACUGAUUUGCUGUGAAGAUAAACUCGGUUCAUUUUUGUGGAAAGAGAUGCCUGCAGCAGCUAGGACCAUGUGCAAGUUGCAAGGGGUGAGCUAGUGCUGCUGCAACAACGUGGGCCUUUUCCAAACGAGUUGUCUUCUGCUUUCCUUUAGUUACACUUAGUAACUGCUAGCUGCAGGGUAAGUAAAUUCAGAAGAUCAGCUUACCUCACUGUUGCACAGAUGCUAGGUCAAGUGCAGAAGGGAGAGAAGACCCUCAGGUGCAGUGUGGCUGCCCCACUUCACAGAACGCUGUAGUAGUGCUGUUUGCAAUGGGUGUAGUGCCUGCCUGUGUUUGGAAAGCAGGAUUUGUGCUUGCUGGGUGUUAGUGCAGUCUUUAUGUGCCAAGUGGAGGAGCUGACCUGGCUGAAAGUAACCCAGAAUGGAGGGGAAAAGGAACGGAGGAGGAAAUACUUGGUCAGGUGAACUUCCUGACCGUGUUUGUUUUGCAGCUUCAGCUCUGGUAUAGGGAACCAGUGUGUUUUUGUUUCCUGUAACAGCACAGAGUUUUGCCAGCUUCAAGUGGUCAAUAGCAGAAGAUAUGCAGGACAGCUUGGCCUUGUUAACAGGAGUCUGUCUCCUUACCUGGCUCUGGCCUGUAGCCAGUGCCUAUGUGAGCUGGCUCUGUGGACAGCCCCCGUGCCUCGCCUGCCCCAGGGCCUUGUGUGGCUGCUGAGCUGGAACUAUGCACAAGCAAUAGGAGCUCAGGGAUAGGAGUGAGACCAUCCCCUUUGGAGGCCCAAACUGUAAGAAUGACUCCGCAGGCUCCUGAAAACGCACCCUUGCAGGGUUGUUUCCUCACCUUCCCUCCCACUGUGGAGCAUUUUUGUGGAGCAUGCACUGUGGAGCAUGCACUGAGCGCUUUGCUCACCUGAAAAAUUAAACAUAGCAGUUUUGAAGCCUUGAGAGCGAUGAUUUUAAAUGAAUUGCGCAGGCAUGGCUGCCAGUGCAUCUUUUUACUCUAUUGCAGUGUGCCUUAUAAUUAUUCCCUUGUGCUUUGCAAGUGCCUCAUCUUCCCUUGCCUGCAGGUUUAGCUGCUUGUUUCCUGUGGUUAUUGGUCUCUUGUGUGUGUACUCUCUAAGUCUUGAUGUCACGUGGAUUUAAUAAACGCUCUGACUGGGUGUCAUGAGUCACAUAAAUAUUCCUUAGCUUAGGGAUAAGGGAAUGUUACUCUUUUGAGUCUGCAACUGUUCUACCAUCUUGAGCGUGAUGGCUUAUAGAAAGAUAAUCCAAGAAUAGCUCAUUUAGUUCCUGUGUUCAUUGAGUUUCCUACGUAGGAAGCAAUGAGCAGAGUAGUGUCAUGCAUCUCACAGAUGUGUUAGAUCAUCAAUUAAGCCAAGGAAUCCGUAAAGCAUUGUGGAAUGCUGUUCCAGAGUGUAAAGAAAUCUGUUUAAAACAAGUAACCAAACCUCCUAACUCCCCUACAAUUAAUCACAGAGGGGUUUUUGAGUGCUUUGCAUUUUACAUGUGGGUAUUUGUUAAACAAGUUCAGCAUUGGUUGUGCUGAAUUCUUAAUCAUCGUGCAAUGACUUUGGGAAUGGAAGUGAGGAUUAGUUUCCAUUUUAAGGUACAGAUCAGCUGUAAGCCUGAUAUGAUGACAUGAACUGAAAUAGCACAUCCUUAGUUCAUUUUCCGAGAUUUGUUGAAAUAUUUUAUUGCUGAAGUAAUAUGACUAUAGAAGGAGAUUAAGACAGCUUCUUCUAAGAGGGAAUUAUUUUCUAGCUAGCUUUUCAUUAUACUGACCUCUCAAGCCUUCCUGAAAAGUCACGUUGCUCUUAUAUUUCUGCAUAUAAGACCAGAAAGUUAAGUUCACAAUAAUUUCUAUGCUCAUAACUAGUUAACAUGCCAGUAUCUCAAAAGUAUCCACAGUGUUCUUCUGCAGCUAUUAACUUAAAUGUGCAUCUGUUCUUCUGCAGGCAUCUCUUUCUCAGGUGGGUUUGAUCUAGAAGAAAAUUCCUGUAUUACCACACAUUCCAUGUGUACAUGGAGCCAUUCCUGGAAUCAUGAUGCAUUAUAUGUGUUCAUCCAUAAGAUUCCAAAAUAAGUGUGUCUAAACUCCAAGGCUCAUCUUACAACAGUUUAUAGAACUGUGGGAAAGCAUGGGAGACUUCAGAUGGCCUAAGUGGACGUAAAUUCUGUGGCUGUGGAAAGGGGUGAUCCUACAGUUCCACACCACCACUGGUGCAGCAGUAGCAUUUUUAUGGAAAUUCUGGUGAUUAGCAGUCAUGGCAACCAUAGAGGAACUGGCCCAUCAAAUUAUUGAGCAGCAAAUGGGAGAGAUUACCCAUUCCCAGGGAGCUGUUACACAAACACUAAUGGAUGGGGCAGCACAACGAAUACAGAUCGUCCCUUCGGAUUCAGGCCUCUCUUUGCCACAGCGUAUACAGAUUGUCACAGAUCAGCAGACGGGCCAGAAGAUUCAGAUUGUUACUGCACUUGAUCAGAGCUCAGCAGGCAAGCAGUUCAUCCUAACAAAUCAUGAUGGCUCUACCCCAAGCAAGGUGAUCCUUGCCAGACAAGAUUCCACUCCAGGAAAAGUUAUCCUAGCAACUCCAGACGCUGCAGGUGUCAACCAACUGUUUUUUGCAUCCCCUGAUAUAUCUGCACAACACAUCCAGAUUUUAACAGACAACUCUCCCAAUGAGCAGGCCCUAAAUAAAGUGUUUGAUCUGUGUGUUGUGUGUGGAGACAAGGCAUCAGGACGUCACUAUGGAGCAGUAACUUGUGAGGGUUGCAAAGGAUUCUUUAAAAGGAGCAUCCGCAAGAAUUUGGUGUAUUCGUGCCGAGGAACGAAGGACUGUGUCAUUAACAAACACCACCGGAAUCGCUGUCAGUACUGUCGGCUGCAGCGAUGCAUCGCCUUCGGAAUGAAACAAGAUUCUGUGCAGUGUGAGAGGAAACCUAUUGAAGUGUCACGAGAAAAAUCUUCCAACUGCGCAGCUUCCACAGAAAAGAUCUACAUUCGGAAGGAUCUUCGCAGCCCGUUAGCUGCAACUCCAACUUUUGUAACAGACAAUGAAACAGCAAGGUCAACAGGUCUGUUGGAAUCAGGAAUGUUCGUUAACAUUCAGUCUGGAAUUAAAAGCGAGCCUACGGUGCUGAUGACUCCAGAUAAGGUUGAAGCCUGUCAGGGAGACUUAAGUACACUGGCAAACGUGGUGACAUCGUUAGCAAACCUCAGUAAAUCCAAAGAUAUGUCACAAAGCAGUACCGAGCUAUCUAUGAUUGAGAGUUUAAGUAAUGGAGAUGGAUCAUUACCGGAACUCCAGCAAGAAGAACAAGGAAGUAGUGAUGUUACAAGGGCAUUUGAUACUCUUGCAAAAGCGUUAAAUCCUGGAGAGAGUGCAGCGUGCCAGAACUCUGACAGCGCUGAGGCCAGCGUACAGCUCGUUGGUGGAGAAACAAGCAUGAAUAUCGUUGAAAUAGAGGGGCCCCUACUCAGUGAUGCACACGUAGCAUUCAGGCUCACCAUGCCUUCUCCUAUGCCCGAAUAUCUGAACGUUCACUAUAUCUGCGAGACUGCCUCCAGGUUGCUUUUCUUGUCCAUGCACUGGGCACGUUCCAUUCCAUCCUUCCAAGCUUUAGGACAGGAUAACAGCAUAUCAUUAGUAAAAGCCUGCUGGAAUGAACUUUUUACACUUGGUCUUGCGCAGUGCUCACAAGUCAUGAAUGUGGCAACUAUAUUAGCUGCGUUUGUUAAUCACCUUCACGACAGCUUACAGCAAGAUAAGCUGCCAACAGACAGAGGAAAACUAGUAAUGGAGCACAUCUUCAAACUGCAAGAGUUCUGUAACAGCAUGGUGAAGCUUUGCCUAGAUGGAUAUGAAUAUGCGUAUUUGAAAGCAAUCGUACUCUUCAGUCCUGAUCACCCAGGGCUGGAAAAUGUGGUACAGAUAGAGAAAUUUCAAGAAAAGGCGUACAUGGAGUUCCAAGACUAUGUAACAAAAGCAUAUCCCGAUGAUACUUACAGACUGUCUAGACUUCUUCUCCGAUUGCCUGCCCUGAGGCUGAUGAGCGCUGCCAUUACUGAAGAGCUAUUCUUUGCGGGACUAAUUGGAAACGUUCAGAUUGAUAGCAUCAUCCCGUACAUUCUGCGAAUGGAGACGGCAGACUACAAUACUCAAAUAAUUGGUCAUGCCGUAUAAAAGUAGUGAUCAAGGAUUCUGUACCAUGGCAGUCAUGGUGAUGUAAAUGCAUACUCUGUCUCCAAGAGAUGGCAAUAGGCCUUCCCAUGCACCUUUCUAAAGAAGACUUGUGUUCCUCCUUUCCAGUACACUUGGGAAAUGCGGUGGAGUGUCUUAAGGAAUGUAGGAUCGCUUCCUAUUUUUCAUCUGAUCUUCAAGGACUUGUAAAUUAACUUGAUAUCUGAAGAAAGUCAAGAAUUGUCCAUCCUAUUUUUGUAGAUAGAUGAACUUGGAAUAUUUGUUUAUGAAACCCAGGCUUGUGAAGAAACUGAAGAAGCUUUGACUAAACUAAGGUAUCUCAACUUAGUUUGGUGUUUUAGACAAAUAAAUUAAGUUUCCUCUCUGA